GUUGGAAUCAGUUGAUCAAUUGGUGAAGAUGUUGGCUGAUGCCCCUUCCGAUUACUCUUACUUUGACCACAACUUGAUCUCAGCAUGGGCAGGCCCAAACCACUGGCAUAUUAGACCAUUUACUAAAGGUAAAUUUAAUGUUCAGCAAAAUGAGGAAAAGAAAAGAGCAAAGAAGCCACCUUUGAGGUUAAACUAUGAUGAAGAAAAGAAUUUUGAUGAAUUGUUCGCUACAAGUAAAAAACCCAUGAAACUUGUUAAAAAAACUCUUCAACAGUGGGACAAAGAAAAAACAACACUGCCAGAAGACUUGCACUACGACAUUAAAAAGUUGAUGAAGCUAUUUUCAAAACCAGAUGUUUCGCUCUCAUCAAAAUUAAGAAAUGCCGACGGAGAACGGAAAUCAGAGUUGGCCUUUGAUCCGGACAACGUACCGUCCCCCAGCAAAGAUUGGGGCUUAGACAAUGAAAACGACAUGCAU